ACAGCCCGUUUACGGAGCCAGGCAUUCAGCGCUACUCCUUCGGGCGGUCGCUGCCUACGAUUUUGGUUCCACAUGUUUGGAACUCAAAUCGGAGCACUCAGUGUAUAUGUGGAAACUAUAGAGGGCGCUGUAAGGCAAGACGUGUGGUCUUAUGGAGGAAACCAAGGGAAUAGAUGGAAUAGCGGGCAGUUACCUGUUAUGUGCCAAGACAACUAUGUGGUUGUCUUUGAAGCGGUCGUUGGAGUGGGCUUUGAAGGUGACAUUGCUUUGGACGACAUCUCUUUCAUUGAUUCUGGAUGCGGAGUUCAACCACCAGCUGCCGAUGUCCGUCCUACCACAACUCCACAACCAUAUACUGGAACAGGAACUCCACCAGCUCCACCAUCAGUUGUCGUUCCCACAAUUUCAACUCCAAUCUUCAGUUGUGACUUCGACUCGGAUUUCUGUACAUUCACCCAAGCUGUUGAUGACGAUAUUGAAUGGACAAGACUUGCUGGUAGCACGACCUCUACGUACACAGGUCCGGAGAAUGACCACACCAAAGGCACAGCGACAGGAUACUACAUCUAUACCGAAGCCUCUGGCUUUUUCAAUAACAUAGCCAGACUCGAGUCUGAACUCAUCCCCGCGACGUCCGGGCAGUUAUGUCUUGACUUCUGGUACCAUAUGUGGGGACAAGACAUGGGGACCCUCAAUGUCUAUUCCAAGGUUGGGACCACGCUGGGCCAGGUCUUGUGGACCCACAGUGGGGCCCUGGCGAGGCUCUGGUAUCAGGCCCAGAUCGAGAUAAUCCCUACUGCUGAUUUCAAGGUCGUAUUUGAAGGUAUCACUGGUCCAAAUUUCGAUAGUGAUAUUGCUCUUGAUGACAUCGAUGUUUCAACAGGAAAAUGCAAAGGAUUCCUUAGCUGUUCAUUCGAGGAUGCUGCAAUCUGUGGUUAUUCCCAAGGCAAUUCGGACGAUUUUGAUUGGUCAUGGAAUGCUGGCGCCACGCCUACUCUUUAUACUGGUCCGUCGAUAGAUGCUUCCACCGGAACAGCUUCGGGUCAUUACAUGUACAUCAAUGCCGGAGCCAAGCAGCCGGGGGAGAAAGCAACCCUCUUGACACCGUACUUUGACCCGGCUGAUGCCGGUGAUGAUGAUAUAUGCUGGACCUUCUACUAUCACAUGUUCGGGGAUCAGAUGGGCGCCAUCAACGUCAUGCUUGAAGGAGACAUAACCCCACUCUGGAAUCAAUCAGGAACGGACCUCGGUGAUACAUGGUUCUUUGCCAGUGUCAAUGUCUCAAGCUCGGCCGUCUAUCGUUUGGUGUUCGAGGGCGUGGUCGGGUCUGGUCCACGGGGAGACUUGGCGAUCGAUGAUGUCGAUUAUAAGCUCGGGCCAUGUAGCGCUCUCGGUUCCUGUGACUUUGAAAGUGGAAUGUGUAUGUGGCAAAACAUUGAUUCUGAUAACUUUGACUGGCUACUCUAUCAGAGCACUACCCCGAGCACUGGUACAGGACCGAAUGUUGAUCACACCCUGGGAACUUCAUCAGGACAUUACAUGUUUGUUGAAACUUCUUCGCCUCGUAUCGCCGGAGAGCAAGCCUUACUCUUCCUUGGCACGCCGAGUCUCACCGGUCAGCGCUGCCUCGGAUUCUGGUACCACAUGUUCGGAGUGAACAUCGGCGAGCUGGUGGUGUACUCGUCCACAGGGACAGGGAGCCUGAUACGAGAUGUUAUGUGGUUACUCGCUGGGGAGCAGAACCCGGACCAGUUAACAUGGCUUUAUGGCCAGGUCACUGUGGAUUUUGAUGUUGUGAAUGAGAUUUACAUUGCCGCCAUUUUGACGUCGAUACCAUACGGUGACACCGCGAUUGAUGAUAUCGAUAUCACAGAGGGGGCGUGUGAUAUCCUACCGACAUACGCUGAGCCAAACACUAUCACUGGUUCUGCCUCCUGUGAUUUUGACAGCGACCUUUGUUCAUAUGACCAGGACAUUGCAGAUGAUUUUGACUGGUUAAGGAUACAGGGAGCUACCACGUCUACUAAUACCGGUCCUACCAAUGAUCAUACAUCUGGCUCAGGGUUUUAUGUCUACACCGAAAGCUCUAGCCCACGUCUACCGGGAGAAACUGCCAGAUUGGUUUCCGCUCUUCAGAAUGGAACCACUUCUGGAGGCGGUUGCCUGGAGUUCUACUACCACAUGUACGGUGGUACCAUUGGCACCCUCAACGUCAAAAUCCUUGAGGAAUCAGGUUCAGAAACCACGAUCUUCACCAAGGGACAGAGGGAUUAUGGAAACACCUGGCACCUCUCUUCAACGAGUAUUGACUCCAACGGAAACAACUUUAAGAUUGUCUUUGAAGGUAUCAUCGGAUCAUCUUUUGAGAGUGACAUAGCCAUUGAUGACGUCACAUACCAUAACGGAGUAUGUCCACCCUCGAGAACUUGUGAUUUAGAGGCUAGUGACUGUGGCUGGAGGCAGGAGACUGUUCUUGAUGACUUUGACUGGGUUAGGGUACAAGCCUCUGAGGUCGCUUGUGAUUCAUUAAAUAAUGACCACACUACUGGCACUCCAACAGGUCAUCUCCUUCUCACAAAUGCAACGUCACAAAAUUCUGUCGGCGAUCAAGCCCUGCUUUACAGUCCAUCUUAUGAUGCAACAGAAGAAGGCGAUUGCAUGACGUUCUGGUAUCACUUACACAAUGACCCGGAUGCAGGUUUUCUAGCUGUAUGGGAGUCUGUGAAUGGCGCCCUCAUCGGCCCCUAUUGGCAGUCGACGGUUGGGGUGACCUCGGCUGUGUGGCAAUUCGCGAGUGUGACUUUGAAAUCAAAUGCAACUUUUCAGGUUGUCCUCCAGGCUGUGCUAGGUGUAACAACAUCUCAUGAUAUCGCAGUUGAUGACCUCACAUUUGAAUAUGGAGCAUGCGCACCAGCAGGUUUUUGUAACUUUGAAACCGACUACUGUUACUGGACCAACACACAAACGGGUGAUAACUUUGACUGGACACUGAGCUCUGGAGCCACACCCAGCGUCACCACCGGUCCGAGCAAAGACCACACCCUUUCUUCACCAAAUGGCCACUACGUGUUCAUUGAAACAAGCACGCUUGUGAUAGGUGACAAGGCAUGGCUGUUGAGUGAAUAUAGCCCGCCCUCUGAUGGCUGUUUUACCUUUUGGUAUCACAUGUAUGGGGCAGGUGUUGGCGACCUCAACGUUUACCUUAUCGAUGCGGUCAAUGGAAACAUGGCGCUCGUGUGGAGCCAAACUGGUAACCAUGGAGACCGUUGGAUCCAAGGUCAAGUGUCAACAUCCAACUUUAAUUCUUACCAGAUCGCUAUUGAGGCGACAUACGGAGCCAACUACACAGGAGACAUAGCAAUCGAUGAUACGUUCAUAAGCUUAGAUGGACUCUGUAAUGAAACGUCUGAAUGGGACUGUGAUUUCGAGUCUGAUUGGUGCGGCUAUACGCAGGCGCAAGAUGACACCUUUGAUUGGACAAGACAAAGCGGAGCUACGACGUCACUUGAUACAGGGCCGUCUAUAGACCACACCACAGGAACUGCAACUGGAUACUACGUCUUCAUCGAGACAUCCAGCCCCCGGAUCCCCGGAGAUGAGGCCCGGUUCAUGAGCACCCUUAUCCCCACCACCUCCCGACAGUGUCUAACGUUUUGGUACCACAUGUUCGGGCCUACAAUCGAAACUCUCAACAUCUUCACGAGAAGGAACAACUCUGCUCCAGGGUAUGUUGGUAGGUUGGUAUGGAGCGAUCAAGGGGAGAAAGGUGACUUAUGGUACUCCGGAUCCGUAGCCGUAGCUGAACCGGUUGCGUUCCAGAUAAUAUUCCAAGCAUACGUUGGAGCUUCAUUCACGGGAGAUAUAGCCAUUGAUGAUAUCCAUAUUUAUCCUGGAGACUGCGCUGCCACACCAACUUGCAACUUUGAGAACUCUCUUAUCUGCGGCUACCAGCAAGACGCGACCGACAAUUUUGAUUGGACCUAUGGGUCAGGUGACACUUCCACGCCACUCACUGGACCAUCUGCUGACGUCACGUACGGGACAGCCUUUGGCCACUAUAUGUACAUCGAGGCAUCUCAGCCGAACUCCCCUGGGGCUGUGGCUCGUCUGAUUGGCCCACAUAUUUCGAUGGAGAGUACCUCAGCAAUCUGUUGGAGUCUGUCUUUCCAUAUGUAUGGCCAAGACAUUGGCAGUCUCAACAUACUUACCCAAAAUGCAGAUGCGUCUACCACACUUGUGAUGUCAUUAUCUGGUAACCAAGGCAACCAGUGGUAUAGUACCGCCUUCGAGGUAACAUCCAACGGCUACGAGAUCGUCUUCGAGGGCGUGGUCGGUCAGGGAGAAGAAGGGGAUAUUGCCAUCGAUGACGUCAAAAUGAUCCAAGGAAGCUGUGGAGGAUUGUUGGACUGUGAUUUUGAGGACCAGAGGUUCUGCCAGUGGACCAAUGGACUCAAUGAUGAAUUCGACUGGAUAAGGGUACAGGGUGGCACCCCUUCAGCUUCCACCGGCCCCCUCUAUGACCACACCCUUGGAUCAACAGGAUCUGGAUACUAUGUCUAUAUCGAGGGUAGUUCUCCUCAGAUCGCAGGAGAUACAGCAAAGCUUCAAAGCCCUGUUUAUACAACCGAUGGAAACGAUGUGUGCUUUACAUUCUGGUUCAAUAUGCAUGGGACACAGGUCGCUGAUCUGCGACUCUACAAAUACGAGUUGUCUUCUGGAACAGCCAACCCCGCUGACCUUGUCUGGUUACUCUAUGGUCAACAGAGCACGGAUCAGACACACUGGAUCCAAGGGCAGGUUGCCCUCAACGGAGAGUUUACGCUUGAGUUCUGGGGCGUGGUUGGUGUAGGGUUCUACAGUGACAUCGCCAUUGAUGAUAUCCUGGUAGUACAAGGGACAUGCGACGUUUUACCACCUGAAGCUGACCCAAAUCAAGUUGGACGAGGCAUAUCUUGUUCCUUUGAUGGCACCAUCUGCACCUGGACGCAGGACAUCAAUGACCAGUUCGACUGGUUAUUGGCCUCUGGAUCUACCCCAUCAGUCGAUACUGGACCAAGCGGUGACCAUACAUCUGGCACAGGAGGGUACGUCUUCACAGAGGCUUCUGCGCCAAGACUACCCGGGGACAUCGCCAUCUUGACCUCCUCUAAAAUGGACCCCACUGGUCCUUCUGGUGGUUGCUUCGUUUGGUGGUACCACAUGUAUGGUGGUACCAUGGGAACCUUCAAUGUGUACCAGGAAAACAAUGGUGUGCGGAACCAACGGUGGUCCAGGACCGGGGACCAGACCAAUGAGUGGCUCAUGGCCCAGCUCUGGAUCAACAGCACCGACCCAACUAAGAUCCUGUUCGAAGGAAUCGUUGGUUCAUCUUGGGAAAGUGACAUCGCAAUCGAUGACAUAACUUACUCAGAGGGACCUUGUCCACCUCCACCUACCUGUGACUUUUCAGACGACAUCUGUGAUUGGUCACAAGAGUUAACUUUGGAUGAUUUCGACUGGUCCAUCGGAUCGGGGGCUGAUACUCGUUAUGGGCCGACGGGCACUAGUUCCCUCCCUGAUAAAACUUCAGGAGUUGUUGGAGGUGGAUAUGCUUACAUUGAUCUGAAAGACUCCACAUUGACUCCUGGAGACUCUGCUAUGUUGAACAGCGCCCUCAGAUCGCCACCAGACAGUGGAGCUGACUGCCUUGGUCUGUGGUACCAUAUUGACGCCAUGGAUGUUGGUGCAAUCAAUGUGUACCAGCUGACUAAUGGUAGCUUGAGUGAUGUACUAUGGUCAAUUAGUGGUAACCGCGAUGACUAUUGGUGGUUCGCCGGUGUCACCAUGAUCAGUAGGGCACCUUACCAGGCUGUGAUAGAGGGCGUCGUUGGUACCGGAAGCCAAGGCGGCAUUACUAUUGAUGAAGUAGGGUUUACAGCAGGACCAUGUAAUCCACCAGGACACUGUAACUUUGAGAAUGGAAUGUGCUCGUGGCAGAAUCGAAUUGGAGAUAACUUGGACUGGGUGAGGAUAUCUAGGUCUACCAAUGCAGAUGGAACAGGGCCAGCAUACGAUCAUACAAUGGGAAAUGAUUUAGGGUUCUACAUGUUUGUAGAUACGACCCCAGACACACUGACAAUGGUCACUGGCGAUACAGCCGAUCUUUUCAGUGAGGUGUUUGAUCCUGUAGAUGAGGCUUGCUUUACUUUCUGGUAUCACAUCAGAGGAAAUGGCUUAGCAUCAUUGCUCGGUUCAACGCUUGACUUCUCUCCCCCAUCAACCCACACCCGUACUCAACAAUUCAACGAGACUGGCGACCGCGGCGAUGGCUGGCUGUAUGGGCAGUUCAACGUAUCUUCUGUGCUCGAAUACCAGAUCGUCAUCAGCGCAGUGGUCGAUCCUCUAACAUGGAUCGGUGACAUCGCUAUCGACGACACUGCAUUGUUUCAGGGAGCUUGUGGAGUACAACGUCCCUGGUCGUGUUCGUUUGAGGAUGGUCUUUGUAACUACGAGCAGCUUAGUGAUGAUGAACUUGAUUGGUCUUUCAAUCAAGGAUUGACGCCCUCUGUUGAAACCGGACCAUCAGCAGAUCAUACAACUGGUCUUGUGACUGGUACUUAUCUAUUCAUCGAGACAAGCACCGGUGCGCAGGGGGACGCUGCACGCCUGCGCAGUUCGUUCGCACCACCAAGCUCAUACUGCCUCGAAUUUUGGUACCACAUGUAUGGCGCCACCAUCGGCUCACUGAAUGUUUACAUUCAAAACAACCAAUCAACAGCCGGCUUACCUAUUUGGACCAGAUCUGGAUCGCUUGGAAACAGCUGGACUAGGGGAUCUGUAGCUAUUGUAGAUACUUAUGCUUUCAGGGUAAUCUAUGAAGCAGUGCGUGGAUCGUCAUUCACAGGUGACAUAGCCCUAGAUGACCUUGACCUGUAUGAAGGAGAUUGUAAAGCCGCCCAUGCAUGUGACUUCCAGUCCCCUGACCUAUGUCAGUACACACAAGAUGAUACGGAUGAUUUUGAUUGGUUGUGGGGUGACGGUAGUACGGACACGAUCGGAACUGGCCCGGAUGUAGAUGCUACGUACGGUACAGUUUAUGGAAAGUACAUGUACAUUGAUGCCACGAACAGGAGUCUUGGAGACACAGCUAGGCUGAUAGGACCUACAUUCACCCCUGAACAAUCCGGGAUUACCUGUUGGACAUUCUAUUACAAUAUGUAUGGAGCAGAUGUUUAUACACUGGAUGUUAAGUUGCAAUCAGACCUUACUACAUCCCUUUGGUCAACAGCUGGUAACCUAGGCAACUCUUGGUAUGGACAGCAGGUUACAGUGACGUCAUCCAUUCCUUAUCACGUGGUCUUUGAAGGAACUGUCGGAUCAGGCGAGCUGGGAGAUAUCGCGAUAGACGAUAUUGAUUACAAAGAUGGACCUUGCGAAAAUUCAGUUUCCUGUGAUUUUGAAUCUGGUUUAUGUCUAUGGAGUAAUACACUGACAGGCGAUGAUUUUGACUGGAUCCGACAGAGUGGGGCUUCCCCGACCACUGGGACUGGACCUAUAGCAGACCAUACCUUAGGCAAUGCUCAAGGCUUUUACAUGUACAUCGAAGCAAGCUCGGUAGGCGUUGGAGCCAAGGCCCGUCUUAUCAGCUCCAUCUUUCCUUCUACUACCGGCUCCUGCAUCUCCUUCUGGUACCAUAUGUAUGGCUCCACCGUCGGGGAGCUCAAUAUCCGGGUCGUCGAUGCGCUAUCCGGGUCCGAGGAUUUCAAGUGGCGAUUAUCCGGUCAGCAGACCACCGAUCAGAAUGGCUGGUUGGAAGGAAGGUUUUCAGUCAUGAAUGGGGACGGUAUGAUGCCAACUCCUACUCCUCACGAUUCAUUGGUGGUGAUCAUCAUUGAGGCAUCAACAGGGAUCAGUUACUAUGGCGAUAUAGCGAUUGAUGACAUCACUGUUCAGGAUCAAGUGUGCCCAGUGUUCCCGAGCAAAGCUGACCCAACCCUCUAUGACACGGUUACCUGUGACUUUGAAAUGUCCCUAUGUGGAUGGGUACAGGAAACCAAUGAUGACUUUGACUGGACAAGAUAUGCAGGUUCAACGUCGUCCGCAUCAACUGGUCCGACGAGUGACCAUACGACUGGCACAGGAUAUUACAUAUACUUUGAGGCGUCAAGUGGCGUUUUGGGUAGCACAGCCCGGGUGAGAUCAUUGGCGAUACCCGCCACGCCUACAGGGGCAUGUCUCCAAUUCUGGAUCCAUAUGUAUGGUACAACGAUGGGAGCACUUAACCUGUAUCUUUACAACAUUUACGAUGGCACAACCACUUUGGUGUGGAGACAGGACGGUACCCUAAGGAAUACUUGGAUUUAUCAGCAGCUUGAUUUGAUAUCAAGUCAAAACUAUCAGUUAAUCUUUGAGGCAGUUAGAGGAUCAGACUUCCAAAGUGAUAUCGCAUUGGACGACAUCUUAUUUGAUGCAUCGUCUUCUUGUCCCCAGCAAAAACAAUGUACAUUUGAACAAGAUUUAUGCGGUUGGCAGCAAGACAGUACAGAUGACGGUUUAGACUGGAUCCGAGGAACCGGAUCAUCCUAUUCGACCGUUCCGGUUGAUAAGAGUUCAAACACCGCAACCGGUAAUUUCAUCUAUGUGAACACACUACUGCCACACAGCGACGGUGACGAGGCAAGGAUUAUAAGCCCCGCCUACAACCUCUCCUCUUCUGAUUACUGUGUGCAGUUCUGGUACUAUCAUGAUGGCUAUGGGUACAUCCGGCUCCAUUCACGAGAAAAUGGGGUCUUUUCUGCACCCCUGUGGACCACGCCCAUCAAUUCCAUGGGUGGAUGGGCAUAUGGUAGUGGUACCAUUACUGGAGAUAAUGUUGAGAUUGUAUUCGUUGGAUCCCUGAGCUCAGUGUAUGGUACAGCCAUGGCCCUUGAUGAGAUCAACAUCGAGUUUGGGUCCUGCCCACCACCAGGAUACUGUACAUUUGAGAGUCUUCAUUGUGGGUGGACAAAUGAUGUUAACGAUGAUUUUGAUUGGCUACUUCACUCUGGAGCCACGCCCAGUGACAGCACAGGACCUCCUUUUGACCACACCCUCGGAACAAUUCAAGGUCAUUAUAUCUACAUUGAGACAUCCAACUCUGCAACCAAUGAGAAAGCGAGACUGGUCUCUGAAAUAUUCUCGGCCACGCCCACUGGAUGUUUCACCUUUUGGUAUCACAUGUUUGGUGCAGACAUGGGUACCUUGAACAUAUUCCUUCAAGAGCUGCCCAGCAGUCCGGAAUCUAUGAUCUGGACUCUCAGUGGCGACCAGGGCAACAGGUGGCUACUCGGGCAAGUUGAUGUCUCUUCGGGCUAUGAGCAUAUCAUUACCUUUGAGGCCAUUGAUUCAUCUAGUUUCACAGGAGAUAUAUCAUUGGAUGACAUUGCGUAUUUCCCGUAUUCUUGUACAAGUAACCCUCCAACAACGACUUUCGUACCACCAGUGACUAGACAACCCAGCCAGUGGGAUUGCAGCUUUGAUGAUGGGUCCCUCUGCAGCUGGGUGCAGGGUUCUAACGACGAUUUUGAUUGGUCGUUGCAGCAAGGGUCCGGAGCCAAUGAUGGGACGGGACCAUCUGCCGAUCACACAUUGCAAAAUAAGAACGGCUACUAUGCAAUGAUAGACUCAAAUAACCAAGCCGGACAACAAAAGGCUAGGGUCUAUAGUGAUGUUAUACCGCCCCCUGCCGUCACAUCCUGUAUAGAGUUUUGGUACUUUAUGUACGGUUUCCAUGUCAACACACUCAACAUUGGCACAGGCAUUGACGACGGGGUAACAGAUGGGGGAAUAUUGUGGACGCGCACAGGGGAGCAAGGAUACCAAUGGGUGCAUGGUCAGGUACCCUUUGCUACCAAUGCCAUCUACCAGAGGGUAUAUAUUGAGGGCGUGGCCGGGGAUGGUUACCAAGGUGACAUAGCCAUUGAUGACGUCAUCAUAUCAGAUGGGCCUUGCCCCGAACUUUUGUUUUGUGACUUUGAAGACAUCACCAUCUGCAACUACGUGAAUGACAACACUGAUUCUCUUGACUGGUCCAGAGAGAAUGGACGAGCGUCUAUUGUUUUCACCCCUCCCAUAGACCACACCCUGGGUACUAAUGAUGGAUUUUAUAUGAGGGUCAACACCGGACAGCGCCCCCAAAUUGGAGAUAAUGGUCGCUUAUUAUCACCUCCUUACCCCAAGCCAUUGAGUGGUUACAGAUGUGUUGAAUUCUGGUAUUCCUUAAGUGAUAUUUUUGGUAUUUUCACUGUGCAAGCCCUUUAUUAUGAUGACGCAGGCCAGCUCAUGCCAAAUUCAAUAGGUCGAAGUUUUACGGACCCUACAUCAGGAUUCUGGCGGAAGGGAUCUCUAGAAAUAUCUUCUACCUACCAGAAUAUCUUCACCUUCAAGGUGGACGUCCAGUCUGCUCUCUUGGAUGAAUAUAUUGCAUUGGAUGAUGUCAAGGUCAAUGAUGGCCAGUGCACUGGACAACCAGGAACUUGCAAUUUCGAGGUCGACACUUGUGAUUGGUCCAACGUCCAAACCGGAGACGAGAUAGACUGGUUACGUCACAGUGGGUCAACCGGAAGUGCGUACACCGGACCGACCUUUGACCACACCACUGGGACGCCCUCUGGAUGGUACAUGUAUAUUGAUUCAACCCGCGGCGGGCAGGGAACCCGUGCAAGGUUUGAGUCUUCAAGUAUAGAUGCGAGCAACGGAGUGGCAUGCUUUUCCCUCUGGUACCACAUGGUGGCAAGUGGCUCUAACUUUGGAACUUUGAAUGUAGCAUGGGAGACUGCUGAUCGAACUGAAAUAUUACUGGCUUACACAGGGUCUCUACCUGACCAAUGGAACUAUGGGGAAUUCAAUCUCCAGACAUCCACACAGUAUAGGAUCCUCAUAGAGGGCGUCCUAUCGGCCCAAGGUUCAUCUGACAUCGCCAUUGAUGAUCUGAUACUGUUCAAUGGAGCCUGUAGCGGACGGACCACGGAGCCUCCCUUCCCCUGUAACGACGGCUCACAGACUGUCCCAGGAAACCUGGUCUGUGACUGGUUCCCUGACUGCCAGGAUGACUCCGAUGAGGCUAACUGUGGUUCCUGCACAUUUGAAUCAGACCAAUGCGGUUAUACCAACGACCCAACAGGCCUGUUUCCAUGGAUACUACAGGGAGGAUCGACCACGCCCCCUCCCAGCCUCCCCUUACCCAGCUCAGAUCACACAACAGGGUCUGGUUACUAUAUAGUGGUAGACUACACUGCGCAGUCGCAGUCCAGUGACUACGCCAGGUUACAGGGACCGCUCAUACAGGAGACGAGUGCGCGUUGCACCAUGACCUUUUACUAUGUCUUAAGUGGGCAAAGUGAUUUAAUGGUGUCUUUUAAAUCCUCACCAAGCGAAGAGACGAUCAUCUAUCGCCGAUCAGAGCCACGAGGGACAGCCUGGCAGCAAGCUGUCCUAUACACUGGUCGAAUUCAAUACCAACACAUGAUCAACUUCCUGGCCCUUCCCAACCUCAGCAAUCCCGGUAUCAUUGCCGUCGACGACGUUGCCUUUGUUAGCUGCUCGCUUCCUCGUCCAGAGACAUCUUGCGAUAUCGAUGAGUUCCGAUGCUCCAACAGAGCGUGCAUCAACCUUGAGUUCCUUUGUGAUUACGAUGAUGACUGUGGCGACUAUUCUGAUGAACUUCAAUGCGAUUCUACAUCCUUCACGGGCCGAUGCGAUUUCGAGACCGAUCUAUGCUCCUUUGCCUCUCUUCCCGGAGACUUCGCUUGGACUCGUACUUCAGCUGCUCUCGUCGCUGACCAGUCGUACGCCCCAACCAGGGAUCAUACUACGAAUAAUAAAGGAGGAUUCUAUCUGCUAGCGGAUAGCUUAGGAAGGCAGAGGGGUGAUGUUGCGAGGGUUGUAUCCCCUGUGUUUGAAUCGACAGGACUCAUCACCACCUGUACUAUACGGUUCUUUUUCUCCGCCUUUGGCCCUGACGUCGGAGUAUUCAAUGUCUACACGCGGUACACAGUAGGAGGACCUUUGACGUUGUUACUAACUAUUAGUAACUACGCUAUAGAUAGUUUCACAUUCUUUACCGAAUCCAUCAUUACAAAUGCCGACUAUCAGGUGGUGAUGGAGGCUGUGGUCGGCGACGGACAGAGCGCAACAAUCGCCAUCGACGACAUCAGUUUCUUGAACUGCCCCCUUUCGGCUCAGACCUCCCUCCCCGGGGGCUCGACGCCCCCAAUCCCCACAACCCCGCCAGCCUGUCCAUCCCCGGGUGACUUCAGCUGUGGCGAAGGAACAUGCGUACAGCAGGCUCAAUUGUGUGAUUUCAUUGAGCAGUGUCCAAAUGGAGCUGAUGAAAGAAUUUGCGGGAACUGUGAAUUUGACAAUGAUUUCUGUCGAGGAGAUAACUUUGGAUGGCAGCGAACUCUGGCGGGAUCAGGUGGCGAUUCUUUGGACCGCGACCACUUCUACGAUCCUCUCGUGCCUGGAUGGUACCUCCAGAACAUCUUUGGCUACAACUCCUUCGUGACCCCUGACCUUGGUCCAACGGGGUCAAGAUGUCAGGUCACAUUCUACUAUUACAUGAGCAGUGACCUGGAGCUGCUUGAAGUGAGGGCGUACCUUAUCGACGGGGACCAGAUCUUCCUGGUGAGGGGACCGGAGAACCCAGGCAUGUGGCAGCAAGGGGUUGGGUAUAUCGGGCAGCAUAAUGGUAGAAUACAGGUGAGCUUUGAUCAUGUUUAUCUGAAUCCUGUCCAGCCUACCACAUACACUGUUGCCUUAGACGGUAUCUCCUUCCUUAACUGUGCUGCUAGUCAAACUAUUUCAUCAGAUUUGAACUGUACAUUCGAGCAAGACUUGUGUGGCUACUUCCAAGUUCCAAGUCCUGAUGAUGACUUUGACUGGACCAGGAACAGGGGAUCUACCGGAACUACAUCUACUGGACCAUCAUUUGACCAUACCACCGGAACAGGUUAUUAUAUGUAUACUGAAAUGAAUGGGAACUCUAAUGGCGAGAAGGCGCGGCUGGAGUCCCAUCCCCAAUCACCCCAGGACGAUAAUGGAAUAUGCCUAAGUUUCUAUUACCACAUGUAUGGGCCGUUUGUGAACACGCUCAAUGUUGUGUUAAAAGAGGGGAGUUCGGAGACGUUAAUCUGGACGCGUAAGCAGACGCAAGGAAAUCAAUGGCUGCUUGCUCAGCGGACUAUUAAAACAUCUUCCAGUUGGGCUAUUGUCUUUGAAGCUUUCCGAGGAGCAAAGAAUUUUGGAGAUAUUGCAAUUGAUGACGUCAUUUUCUAUCCCGGACCUUGUCCCUUAUCAAACGAGUGUGACUUUGAGUUUGGACUGUGUGCCUGGUCACAGGGAAGAGACGAUGAUUUUGAUUGGUCAAUUGGCAGUAACGGCUCUCCUGCAGCUGGAACAGGACCACCGGUAGAUCACACAACAGGAACAGCCCAAGGUAUGUUCGCGUUUGUGAGCACAGCGCCACCACGCACCCAAGGCGAGUUUGCCCGCCUGGUCAGCCCUGUGUUCCAACCCACCUCCACGCAAUGUCUUACCUUCUGGAAUCACCUCGAAGGCGAUGAUGUCGGAAUGUUGAACGUAUGGGCGCACGAUCUCGUCAGUGACGUAUACACAAAGUUGUGGACACAAAAUGGACAUGACCAUGGUGAAUGGCAUUACGGACGUGCUACCUUAUCAGCCUCGCAUCCAUACGAGGUUAUCAUAGAGGGCAUCCUAGGUUCUAACCCUGUUGGAAGUAUUGCCAUUGAUGAUGUCAAAAUAUCAGAUGGACCAUGUCCCAGAGCUGGUUUCUGUGAUUUUGAGACUGAUAAGUGUUCCUGGUCCAACGAGGCUAGUCUUGAUACAAGAGAUUGGCUAAGAAACAAUGGAGCCACUCCCUCAAACUUCACCGGACCAAGCAUUGACCAUACAUAUGGAACCGCUUUCGGUAUGUACAUGUACUUUGAGGUGUCUGAUCUUGGAUCUGGGUCGAGCGAUGGAGACUUCGCCUGGUUAGUCAGUGAACAUUUCCCAUCAACAUCAGGCGCAUGCGUGUACUUCUGGUAUCAUAUGUACGGGACAGGUAUAGGUGACCUAAACGUCUAUGUGAUAGAUUCAUCUGGUACAUUUACCCUUGUAUGGCAGAUGACAGGAGAUCAAGGGGAUGUGUGGCUGAAGGGAGAGGCUCAAGUCCCAAGUACAGAUGAAUACCAGAUUGCAUUUGAAGCUGUGUCAACUGGUGCGUUAAAGGGAGAUAUAGCAAUUGAUGACGUCGAUGUAGACCCAUACUCUUGUGGAACUAGUCCUUCCUCCAUUCCAGUAAUUUCAAUGGACUGUACCUUUGAGCUCGACACAUGCCCCUACUCACAGCUCAGCAGUGACGAUUUUGAUUGGACAAGAAACCAGCAAACCACGCCCAGUAUAGAAACAGGCCCCACCUUCGACCACACCACCGGGUCAGGCUGGUACAUGUACAUCGAAGCGUCCAACGGCAUUAAUGCUGGUGACCGCGCCCAACUCCUCGGCCCUGCCCAGAACCCAACGGGAGAUGCGCCCAAAUGUCUGGUGUUCUGGCUGCACAUGUACGGUCCACAUAUCAAUCGGUUUAAUGCGUACAUGCAAAGAGAGGGGCAGCAAGAUGUGAAGCUCUACACUAAAUAUGGCUCGCAGGGAAGCAAUUGGUUUAAAGCUCAGAAAGAGAUUGUGUCAUCAAUAAACUGGAAUAUCCUGUUUGAAGGCGUGGUUGGAGAUAAUUACUUAGGAGACAUCGCUCUUGAUGAUGUGAUAUUGUAUGAGGGAGCAUGCCCACAAGAAGUUACCUGUGACUUUGAGCUGGACUUCUGCGGCUGGACCCAGGACCAGACCGAUGAGUUUGAUUGGACCAGGGAUGCAAGAGGGACAGGAUCUAGUAAUACAGGACCAAGUUACGACCAUUCGACAGGCACAGCAGAAGGUUUCUACGCGUUUAUUGAAGUUUCAUCACCGAGAGUACAGGGUGACCGAGCGAUCCUCAUCAGUCCCACAUACCAAGAUACAAGUAGUGAAUGCUUCAGACUCUGGUAUCAUCUACUGGGGAAAGCUAUAGGAGAGCUGAAUGUCUAUAUCAAGGAUGAGGUGACAGGGACAACGACCGCUCCACUGUUCAGUAAAUCAGGUCCUCCUUCAGAUGCCUGGCGCUUUGCUCAAAUUGACAUCUCCUCGCCCCAUCGCUACCGGAUCCUUGUUGAGGGGGUCAGAGGUAGUGGUGUACAGGGGGAUAUCGCUAUUGACGAUAUUGAGGUCAUCCCAGGAGCCUGUCCAAAGCAAGGGUCAUGUGACUUUGAAGAUGGACUAUGUGGCUGGUCUCAAGAGGUCCAGAAUGAUGUAUUUGAUUGGCUCAGGACCAGUGGGUCUACACCUAGUGGAGGAACGGGACCUAGUCAGGAUCACACUACAGGAUCAGCUGCAGGAUAUUACGUAUACUUUGAGACCUCUCUGCCAUCCAUUCAGUCCAGUGACAAUGCAGUGCUAAACAGUGAACAUUUUGACCCCACCAAUGAAGGCUGUCUUACUAUGUGGUAUCAUAUGUAUGGUGCAGGUGUUGGUGAGUUGAAUGUGUAUUCAGUGAAUAACUCAGGAUCACAGGUUCAGCUAUGGUCUAAAAGUGGUGAUCAAGGAAAUGUGUGGCUGAAAGGACAGGUUCCUCUUUCAAGUGAUACUGAAUUCAGGAUCCAACUAGAAGCUGUCUAUCUUAUUGACUCAACUGGAGACAUUGCCAUUGAUGAUGUAGAUGUUGAAAUGGUACCGUGCUCUCAACUCACGACUGCAGCACCAAUCCCCUCCAUGACACCAACACCAGCUCCAGUCAUAUCUUUCUGUACAUUUGAGAUUGAUAUGUGUGAUUUCACCCAGGAUGAUGUAGGCGAUGAUUUUGAUUGGCUACGGACUUCCGGGGCCACACCCACUCUAGGGACUGGUCCACAGGUUGACCACACCCUCAGAAACAUUAAUGGGUAUUACAUGUACGCGGAAGCCGAUGGACAUCUACUCGGUGAGCAUGCAUCACUUCUGUCAGUUCCCAUGGCGACAGGCUCCCAAGGAAUGUGUGUUACAUGGUGGUAUCAUAUGUAUGGUCCGGAUGUGAAUCGUCUGGAGGUCUACGCCCAGAGGAGCGGGGGCGGUGAUGAGGUGUUGUGGAGUAGAUCCGGAGACCAGGGCAAUGAGUGGAUGGUUGGACAGGUUUAUGUGACCGGAGAUUUUACAAUAAAGUUUACUGGCGUUGUUGGAAAUGGUGCGAGAGGGGACAUAGCUCUUGAUGACAUCACAAUGAGCAGUGGUCAAUGCCCUUCAUCAGUAUCAUGUGAUUUUGAACAUGGUGACCUGUGUGGAUUCCAGCAAGAUGUAACGGAUGAUGGAGAUUGGAGCCUAGGUACAGGUGCAUCGAUGAACCUGAUAUAUGGUCCUGAAGUAGACAGUACAUACCAAACAGCACAAGGCCAUUUCCUGUAUGUUGACAACAUCCAGAACACGCCAGCAGAUAAAAUCCGUCUAAUCUCUCCAGUGUACCCCUCCACCUAUCAACGAUGCAUUCGAUUUUGGUUUUAUCACGCCGGAACUGUUGCCUCGUAUCUACGGGUCUCUCUCAAUGUUGGUGGCGUCCCGGUGCAGUACUUGGUCGAUGGAGGGCUCCCUCUCAUGGGCAAUUUGUGGACAGUGAUGGAGGCAUCUUUGUCAAGUGCACUAGAAUACACAAUUGUCUUUGAAGCCACAGUUAGCCAAGAUGGCAUCUUAGCCCUGGAUGACCUUGACCUUACCAAGGACACCUGUGCUCCACCUGGGUCAUGUGACUUUGAAUCGGACAUGUGUACAUACGUCAACAUCCCGUCCAACUGGCUUGGGCAACAAGGGACAAACAUUGACCAGUUUGAUUGGUUACGUCAUAGUGGUCCAACACUUGCAUCAGGAACAGGUCCUUCCACAGACCAUACUCUCGGGACACCCCUAGGUUACUAUAUGUACAUUGACUCCUCUCCACCACGCCUUGCUGAUGACUCUGCCCUAUUCAUGUCAGAGACAAUCAUUGCCCAAGGUGACAUGUGUCUCUCUUUCUGGUACCAUCUAUACGGCUCUGGGACGCUGACGGCCUGGGUUCGAGCCGGUUAUGAUCUCAGUGACUGGAGCAGUGUCUGGUCCAUUUCAUCAGACCAGGGAGACAGGUGGAACCAUGGCCUUGUGACAUUAGCAGACAUGGGGACUAAUUAUGAGAUCAUCUUUGAAGGACAGGUUAGAGCACCCUCUACCAGCGAUAUUGGUUUGGAUGAUAUAAGCCUAUACGAAGGGGCAUGUUCCACCCCCACCCCUGCCCCGCCGUGUCAGUUCUACUGUGGAAACGGAGAAUGUCUUGCGGAUGCAGCUCUGGUCUGUAAUUUCCAAGAUGACUGUGGCGACAACAGCGAUGAGAUGAACUGCGGUCCGUGUGACUUUGAGUCUGGCCUGUGCAACUACACAGAUGUCAGUGACGGCAGUUUCAAGUGGUUAAUCGCCUCUGGAGCCACGCCCACAGAUAACACCGGACCGUCGUACGACCACACCCUCGGCACAUCCUUAGGACACUACCUAUAUGUGGACUCCAGCCAGGGAUCGGGAUACAGUAAAGCUAUCCUAAUGUCCCCUGAGCUUCAUGAUGCCAGCCCGUCUUGCCUGAUGGAGAUAUGGGUCCAUCUCUAUGGAACAGAUGUUGGAAGCCUUGGAGUGUUUUUGAAGUCCGGUCUCUCCAAAACUCUUCUCAUCUAUCUAUCAGAAGAUCUUGGCAACCAAUGGACCAAAAUUGAGCUUGGUAUUGGAAGAGUACGCGGUGCAUUCCAGAUACAAUACGAUGCAACCCGUUCAUUUGAUGUCCUUGGUGAUAUUGCAGUGGACGAUAUUGCAUUCAUGGGGUGCGGGUUUCCUGGUCCUUUGGCGCCUUGUAGUGUAUCAGAUUUUGAGUGUUCCAAUCAGGUGUGCAUUGAUUCCUCACGUGUGUGUGAUCUGACUGAUGACUGUGGAGACCUAUCAGACGAGAUGCAAUGUGAUUCCUACAACCAGUGUGAUUUUGAGACGGGUAUAUGCAGCUGGGAGCAGUUAGGUAACGAUGAGCUUGAUUGGUACCGGUUUGCUGGGAUCACCCCUAGCACCUGGACCGGUCCAACCCGAGACCACACUACAGGACUAGAAACAGGAACCUAUCUGUAUCUCGAGGCCUCAAACGGCAAAUUCGGUGACCGAGCCCGUCUGGGCAGCCCCGUACUCCUCCCCAUCCCCCAGGGGUCUGCAACACAAUGUGAGCUACGAUUUUACUACCACAUGUAUGGAGAAAACAUCAACACUCUGACGGUAUACACCAGGGAAAUCAUCAACGGUCCACUGACGGUGCUUUGGCAGCGAAGUGGGGAGAUCGGUGACUUUUACGAGAGAGCGAAUAUUGUCCUCACGAACCGGACUCCAUUCCAGGUUAUUAUCGAAGCCACCAGGGGUGACAAUGUCCGCGGUGACAUCGCCAUUGAUGACACAAGCUUUAGCUCUGCCUGUCAGAUCAGCCCCACACCCUUGCCUGAUGUAUCAACCAUUGCCCCCACCGUUCCACUCACCACAUUGCCUCCAUGUGAUCCCAACUCAUACCAAUGUAGGAAUGGUAGCUGUAUCGAUAUAGACCUGAGAUGUGACGGGACACCAGACUGCCCAGAGAAUGAAGAUGAAAUGAAUUGCGGAGAUUGCGACUUUGAGAGUGGCACUUGCGAUUGGACCAGUUUUGACAACGGGCUCUACGUUUGGCACCGCACCGCAGCUCAGGACUCUCCAGCCGGUAGGGCUCCCUCUGUUGACCACACUUUGGGUUCUGCUGCUGGUUCAUACGUCUUUGUGGAUAGUUCGUCAGGGACGUUUGGCGUGACAGCAUUACUGGUUAGCCCUUCUCAGCUUGGUCGCACUGGUCAGAGGUGUGAGCUGCAGUUCUAUUAUCAUAUGUUAGGUGGCAACGCUGGCACGCUAUUGGUUGCUCUCUAUGACAACAACAUCCUUGAUCCCUCCUACGUCACUAUCGCGGGUGACCAUGGCAACCAGUGGAAUAUGGGAAGCCUGUCAGUGGGACCCAGGAACGCUGGCCAGUAUUAUAUCCGGUUUGAAGCCUCCCCUGGUAUUGGUUUCAAUGAUGCCUCACAGACAACAGACAUUGCUCUAGAUGAUAUAUCAUUCAUUAAUUGUGCAGAUACUGACGAUGUAUCAUGUGACUUUGGAGCUGGCGAUACGUCAGGCACGCUCUGCGGAUGGACCCAGGAUACAAGUGAUAUAUUUGAUUGGGUCAUUAGAAAGGGAAGCACGCCCUCAUCUUACACCGGGCCAGCCAAUGACCACACAACUGGAGAUGGAUACUACACUUACAUAGAAGCAUCAUCUCCUCGGGUGAUUGGAGACAAUGCUCGACUGCUCUCCGGGUCACUGAGGUCAACCAGGGGUCAACCAUACUGUCUGUCGCUAUGGUAUCAUAUGUUUGGAAGCGAUAUUGGUAGUCUAGCUAUCUAUAUCAGGGAUACAGAUGGCACAAAUGAAAGAGUUAUUUGGACAAAAUCAAGAACCCAAGAGAAUGAUUGGCAUCUUGGCCACUACACACUCUCCACAAUGACUAACUAUGAGCUGGUGAUAGAGGGCGUUAUAGGACAGAGCUGGUACGGAGAUAUCUCUAUAGAUGAUAUCAGUCUCUCAGAAGGAGAGUGUCCACCAUCAGCUGAGUGUGACUUUGAAGUUGACCUCUGUGAUUGGAUGAAUAUUGACAGCAACGAUUUUGAUUGGUCAAGAGGAUCAGGAUCUAGCAGUGAUGGUCCUUCUGUGGAUCAUACUACCAAUACUGCUUCAGGUCACUAUGCAUACGCUUCCAUCUUGGGUCAACCAUCUGGCUCUACCGCCCUCCUUGGCAGCAAGGAGUACAGUCCAUCAGGGUCGCAGUGCCUCUUCUUUUUCUAUCACUUGAGCGGUUUGGAUGUAGGGAGCUUGACCGUUUACAGGCAGGAUGAUGACGAUACGUUCGUUAGACCGAGCUGGACUAUGUCCGGUGAUCAAGGAGAUGUGUGGCGGUCAGCAAGGGUCGAUAUCUCCCCUACUGCAGAUAGUAAUUACAAGAUCUACUUUGAGGCCAUUUCCGGGGGUGCUACUUCCAACGCAGACAUUGCCAUUGACGAUAUCCACUUCCGUGGAUUCCCAUGCCCACAAGAGGGCGCUUGUGAUUUUGAGCGGGGUUAUUGCAGCUGGACCAAUGACUAUGUCAGCGAUGAUUUUGAUUGGCUGAGAGGGAAUUCAGAGACGCUGUCUGGUUACACUGGCCCAACCUUUGACCACACCCUUCAGAACUCCUAUGGUCACUUUGCAUUCAUUGAAAGCUCUUCCCCUCGUGUCAUGGGUCAAAAGGCUUGGCUUGUCAGUGAACAUUUAGAGAGUACCAGUGGGCGUUGUUUUGAGAUGUGGUAUCAUAUGUACGGCCAAGGUACGGGCUUGCUUAGGGUCCACACCCAAACCGCCGACACACAGCCUCAGCUGAUGUGGUCCCAGACGGGUAACCAAGGCAACGUCUGGAAACACACAAUGAUGACAGUGUCAUCUUCCGAUCAGUUCUGGAUUAUCGUGGAAGGAAUAAUUGGAUAUAACUACACCAGUGAUACAGCUAUUGAUGACAUCAUGCUGUAUGAUAGCCCAUGUGGAUCAACCCAAGCCCCACCCACAACUAUACCUACAUUUGCCCCUGAUUCCCAUGAUUGUGAUUUUGAGAGCGGCCUUUGUACCUGGACCCAGGAUCCAUACAAUGACUUCAACUGGACCAGGGCUUCAGGAACCACUGGAAGCGCUGGAACAGGUCCUGCUGGGGACCAUACAACUGGGGACUCAACUGGUUACUACAUUUAUCUUGAAAUGACCGGUGGCAACCCGGGAGACACUGCCAGACUGAAUUCCAACGUUUUGCGGAGCUCUGACGAUUCGGGCUACUGCAUGGACUUCUGGUUCCAGAUGUAUGGAAAACAUCUUGGCAAUUUUUCCAUUUACACGUCCAGUGGAGGGUCAGAGAUGCUGAUCUGGACCGAGUCGGAACCAAGGGGUCCAUUCUGGGUACAGGGCCAGAUCCAUUUUACAGGAACAGACUCAUAUACAGUGAUAUUUGAAGGAGUUAGAGGAUCUGAUUACAUGGGGGAUAUUGCAGUAGAUGAUAUAGUCUUCCACCCAGGCUCAUGUCCAACACCAGACCUUUGUGACUUUGAAAAUGGUAACUGUGGAUUCAGUCAGAUGACCUCUGACACGUUCGAUUGGGAACUGAUUCAGGCCAACACAAGAGGAACAGGUCCUAUUGUAGACUACACUUACAAGACUAGUUAUGGACACUUCAUGUUUGCUGAUAUGACCAGUCUCUCUUCACCUAAUGACUAUGCAACGGUUCAGACUGGGUUUUAUGACCCCACCCCUACCCCUCAGUGUAUGAAGUUCUCAUACUAUAUGGGCACAUCACAGGCUUCUGUUCUCCAGGUUUAUCUACAUGAAAGGAGCAUUGGAGACUCGAGAAUGUGGCAGAUGAAUACGGUCACAGGACCAGAUGAAUGGCAUGUAGCUGAGAUUAAUUAUACCAGCGCAGACUCUCAUAGGUUCCGAUUCCAAGCCUCAAGCAAUCAGUUCCAAGUCAGCUCUGGCGUUGCAAUCGAUGACAUUAUAAUAUCAACAGAACCGUGCAAUCCGUUUGGUUCGUGCUCCUUUGAGAAUGGGCUGUGUACUUGGAAGAAUGAUCAGAACAUGGACGACUUUGAUUGGCUACUCAUACAUGGAAGGACGCCCUCAGACGACACGGGGCCAGGAGUCGACCAUACUCUUGGAACACCAUAUGGAACCUAUGUAUACGUUGAAGCCACUGGUCGCUCAGAGGGUGAUGUCACAAUCCUCAAGUCUAGUGACUUCCUGGCUGUGUCUCCCCAGUGCUUGGAGUUUUACUAUCACAUGGGCGGAGCAGAUGUUGGUUCCCUUGAGGUCCAGACCUGGCCAGAUAGUGCCACUUCACCAAGCACCAAAUGGUCCCAGGACCAGGACACUGGGGACUAUUGGAGACAAGUCCAGAUUACUUUGGAUGCUAUUCCUUCAGCCUAUUCCUAUGAGGUUCUAUUCAAGGGUACAGUUGGAUCUUCCUUCAUGAGUGAUAUAUCAUUAGAUGAUAUCAUGUUUUAUGAUGGGGAAUGUUCUGAUCCUCCUACUGACUGUGACUUUGUGUGUAACGAUGGAACUGACAAAUGUCUACCCAAUAAGCAGGUCUGUGAUUUUGUAUCGCAGUGUGGGAAUGGCAAUGAUGAAUUGGACUGCGGUACAACUUGUACAUUUGAAGUGGACACCUGUCGUUGGUGGAAUGCAGGUCACGGUACGCACAAGUUCAAACGUAACCAGGGAUCUACUCCCGAUAGUAACACUGGUCCUGCUUAUGAUCACACUACACUCACUUCUGCUGGAUGGUACAUGUAUGUCGGCACCACGCCUAACAGCGGUGCAGCCUACGCUGUCUUAUCCUCUCGUAUGCACCGGAAUGCUGCAGCCACCUGUGAGGUCCGGUUCUGGUAUCAUAUGCUUGGUGACAACAUUGGGAACCUACAGCUUUGGGUACAAGAACAGUACUUCUUGAUGCUACCUUGGUUUAAGUCCGGGGAUCAAGGAGACCGCUGGCAGGAGGGAAUCGCUGGACUGGGUCGCAUCCAUGGCGGCUUCAAUGUGAAGUUCCAGUCCAUACGUAACUUUGAUGUUUUAGGGGAUGUGGCCAUAGAUGACAUAAGAAUGGAGAGAUGUGGUCUUCCAGCUGAGCAGUCUUCUGCAUGUGCCAGUGAUGAGUUCCGUUGUACCCGCAAUGCAUGCAUUAACAUCCAUCGUCUGUGUGACUUCACUGAUGAUUGUGGGGACGGCUCUGAUGAAGACCCCGCCAUCUGUGGAGGAUACGACCAGUGCAGUUUUGAAGAUGACUUUUGUGAUUGGACCCAAGAUGUCUAUGAUGAUACUGACUUCAUCAGAAAGACGGGACCAUCGGAUACAGAAAACUAUGCUACAGGACCAUAUAGAGAUCAUACAACACAGUAUACAGGCUUCUAUCUGGUAAUGGACUCAAGCGAGCAAGGUUUGUCAGAAGGAGAUAAAGCAAGAUUGUUCAGUCCUGCUUAUCAACAAGUCAAUCAGAACAGAUACUGCAGGUUCCGUGUAUGGUACCACAUGUUCGGGAGUGACCUUGGAACCUUUAACAUUUACUACCGGGUCGGCAUUGGAGCCUAUCUCACACCCCUCUUCUCAAAGACUGGGCAUUCCAAUGACUACUGGGAGCUUGCAGAUGUUGAAGUCACAUCAGACCUAAAUUUCCAGAUUGUCAUUGAAGCUCUAAGAGGCAACGGUCCAGCUGGCGAUAUUGCAAUUGAUGACACAUCUAUAACAUCAGAUUGCAUCAGAUCACCAACUGAGCUACAACCAGGUGCUACGUCGCCCCCUAUAGUUACAUACGGUCCAUGUGGGCAGGGCAAAUGGCAAUGUGCUGAUCUUAGCUGUAUUGACUUGGAUCUCUUCUGUAACUAUGAGGCUGAUUGCUUGGGAGGGGAGGAUGAGGCUUCGUGUGGAUCGUGUGACUUUGAGAGUGGUCAGUGUGGUUACCAGGAUGAUAGCUAUGGAAGCUUUGCUUGGAGUAGAGACCAGGGGAGUCUGAUCAAAGAUGCUGGAGGUUUCUACAUGACAGUUGGCAGUGGCAAUGGACAGUUCAAUGAACCAGCUAGACUUGUGAGUACAGUCCUUCCUGACACUGCACCAGCUUGUACCCUGACAUUCUGGUACAUUUAUCAGGUGUCAACUGCUGCGAAUGUCCCUCUUACUGAGUUCUACAUGCAAGUUGCAAAUGCUAGUGAUCCAGCGGAUUCUGCAGAUUUAUGGAGGGCUCCCCCAACAUCAGUGGCAACAUGGACUCAAGCUACAGUCGGACUAGGAAGACAAAUAUCAAGCUAUCAGAUUAAAUUUGUUGUUGUCAUUUCGGAUGAUGACGAUGUCAUUGCUGUCGAUGACAUCAUGCUCACUGGCUGCAAGGUGGAAUCCUAUAGCCCGUGUGAGGUUCAAUGCGACAACCUACUUUGUGUUCCGUUCUCAGAGAAAUGUGACUACUCCGAUGAUUGCACAGAUGGGACGGAUGAAAGGACAUGCGAUUCAUAUCAGAGAUGUGACUUUGAAGCUAAUCUUUGUGACUGGAGCCAGAACAGGGAAGAUGAUCUUGACUGGUUGUGGAUGACGGGUAAUCAAGGGGCGCAGGGUGGUGCCCCUGGUGUUGACCACACCCUAAAUACUCCCUCAGGACACUAUCUCUACCUCUAUACCUACGACACCGAUGUCAACAAGAGAGCAAGACUUGAUGGUCUUAUUUAUUCCCAGCCGAAUACUGCUGGUGAUUGCCAGAUGAGGUUCUGGUACCACAUGAACGGUGCUAAUGUUGGUACACUGAGGGUCAUGACCCUGAUAUCCCUCUCUGAUUACCCACAAUCCAUCUGGUCAAAAUCAGGCCCACAGGGAGAUGUAUGGCUGAGAGGCAUCGUUGACCUUGACCCAGGAAGUAGAUUCCAGGUUCUACUAGAGGGUGUGGCAGGUGGUAGUGAUGGUCAUAUGAGCCUUGAUGAUAUAUCAUUUACACCUGGAUGUGUAGUCUCACCAGACCAGACCCUACCCAUUAAGGUUACUCCUUCAAGUGCCCCUCACUGCAACACAGGUGAACGAGCUUGUGAUGAUGGAUCCUGUCUUGAUAUUACUAAAUUCUGUGACUUCAAGUUUGAUUGCAACGAUGGCAGUGAUGAGAAAGAAUGUCCUUCGGUAUGUACAUUUGAAAAUGAUAUGUGCUCCUGGGAGCAAUCUCUAAACGAUGAUUUUGAUUGGCUGAAACACAAUGACUCUGAUUCGUUGGAAUACCUUGGACCAGAUACAGAUCACACAAUGAAUAGUCCAGAUGGAAUUUACUACUUUGUGGAUGGGACUCAGCAGGCCAGCGCACAAUCAGCCAACCUAUUCGCAACCCUGGUUGGCCCACGGUUCAGCCAGGCUGGUCGUAUGUGUACCGCAUCGGUGUGGUAUUACUCGUAUGGUGUGGAGUAUGGUUCGCUUGCUCUGAAGCGCAAGGUGCUUACAGAUGAGAGGACGCUGAUGGUCGUGAAUGCCGGGAAUACUGUGGAGAGCAUGUGGAUGAAAGCAGAAAUUCAGAUUCCACAAUGUCUAGUGGACUUCCAGUUCCUUAUCACUGCAGAGAACCGCCAAACCCAACCCUAUGCUGGAGGCUUCGCUAUCGAUGAUAUACGAUUUGAUAACUGCGCAUACGACCCAUAUACUCCUGUAACAUGCGAGGUCGGGGAAGCGAAGUGUGGUACCGGCCAGUGUUAUCCAGCUAAUAACAAGUGCGAUUUUACAAAGGACUGUUGUCUUGACAGUACAGAUGAGUCAGACUGCUCUGCCUACAAUAGAUGUGAUUUUGAGAGUGGUCUGUGUGACUGGGAUCAGAUGACAGAAGAUGAUCUAGACUGGACCACAGUCCAGGCCUCUACAUCAUCCUACCUCUCUUUUGAUCAUACAUUAGACAGCAAUAGUGGUUAUUUCUUGGUAGUCAGUCAGUACCAGCAAUCAUCACCGGGUUCAUCUGCUCAACUUGGUGGUUUCAUCAUCAGUCCAGUGACAACUGGAUGCUCGAUGAGGUUCUACUACUUCAUGAGUGGAGAUGAUGCAUCCAUAGCCAUUAAGACUAGGACUCUAAUAGGAGGUCACAUGACCGAGCAAUGGGGAAUGUCAGGUGACCAAGGAUUGACAUGGAAUCGAGGAUCACUCCCUCUUGUCAGUGAUGAUGCAUUCCAGGUUAUCUUUGAAGCAACUAAAGGAUUAGAUACCAAUGCCUUCUUAGCUCUUGAUGACAUUUCAUUCACACCCGAGUGUGUCCAAUCUAGCACCCCUCUACCAAGAAGUACUACCACCCCUCCAUCAACCACACCCACUACCAGAGUGACGUCUCCAAGCCAGAUAGAGACAACAGUGACAUCGACCACCCCUAGAGAAAAGCCUACACCAGAUAGUCAGACGGGUGGAAAUUCAGAAACGGUUUACAUUGCUGUUGGUGUUAUCUCUGGGAUCUUAAUCCUUCUCAUCUUCCUUGUUCUGGCCUACCUUCUGGUAUCAAAGAAAAGAGGAACUAAGCCACCGGUAAAUGAAGUGAAUAUACCUGGUGCUAUGGAGAACCAAGGAUAUGAUACUGAUCUUAACAUCACGACUUUUGCAAUGCAUGAUAUUGAUACCAAUAUGUUUGGAGCAAGUGGAACAUACAACUCAAAUAUAUCUGGAAAAGAAGGCUUCUCAAAUCCUACUUAUUCAAACCCAUCAACGGAUUAUCCGAUCAAUAACGAUUCAACGGCGUAACCUUUCAAAACCAGCGCAUAUCCUUUCUUAUGCAUCAAUUAAAUUACCUAUUAACAAGUUGCCUACUGAAUUGUCCAAUUUCCAAAGGUUUUGUACAGAGGCGAUCUAGUUUUAGUACGCGAAGGGUUAAAAAUGCAAUUUUUUUAUGACACAACAGUGUAACCCUUCAAAACCAGCGCAUAUCAUUUUUUUGUGCAUCAAUUACAUUACCUAUUAACCUAUUGACUACGGAAUUAUCUGAUUUGCAUAGGUUUUGUAUGGAGACAAUCUUAUGGUUGUAGGCAAAGGGGUAAAAAUUCCUUUACUUUUUUCUUAUAUUUCAAGGUGUGCUUAAGCCAUCAAAAACUUUUCUACCUUUUACAUUGUUAUUUUUUUAUAGUACCCUUCUACGUUUAGUACAAUAAUAAUAUGACAGAGAUUUCUUUCAGGAAUCGAAUCCUGGACAAAUUUUUGAUAAUGAUAUUGCAGGUAUUUGUACGAGGGAAACUUGUUUUACUCUGAUGAAUAUCAUAAUUAAAAUGUAUUUGUCUAUCUCGGUAAGCAGCCCUUAAAAACAAUGUAAACAACCCUGAAAUUUAUCAUUUUAUAUGUAUUUAAUUAAUAAUUUCAAUUUGAAUAGUAUUUGAUAGUAUAUGUUUGUACAUUGUAUUUUGUAUAUAAUAAAGCUAUCAUUAUCAUACGCAAGGCUGUAUAUUUUGAUGUAAGUUGUAUGUACUUAAAUGACAAAAGAAUAUGUGUGCUUUAUAUAUUUCAUUUUCAUUAGAAAUUGGGGGUUACACGUAUUAAAAUACCAAUAAUACGUUAGACAGUAACAAUAAAUAACUACUAAUAAUCAUGGGUAUACAUGCAUGUGUGCUAUUUUUCUAUGUGAUAGAUAUUGAUAUGAUUUAUAUUUCUUAAUUUAUGAAAGAAAAAUGUAAAGAUUAUAUUUAUGCCUCAAAUCUCUUAUUGAGAUCAUAGGCCUGAGCCCCAUCUUACAAAGAGUUACGAUCGAUCCGAUCAACCUCAAGUUUAUGGAAAUCCAUCAAUGUCAUCAUUUAUUCUUAAGGAAAUUUGCACGAUGUCCUUUGUAGACGAAGCGAGGCACGCUGAAUUGUCAUGACAGCCAUGAACAUGUUUAGGUCAUAUCUUGAAAAUAUUUUGAACAAACAUGUAUUUUAGAUGUUGAUGUAGCUGGAUUUCCAUAGUUGCGAUUGAUCAGAUUAAUCCCAAAUAUAAUGACGGGCCCCUGACAUUUGACGUUGGGAGUUCUUGUUAAAAGUACUCCCCAUGGAGGAGUAAGUGAUCUUUUUUCGGGAGAGCCAGAACCUGAUAUCCAGAGUUAAUACUUGAUCUGUAAAGGGCUUAUUAGAAAAAAAUGUCCAAUGUUUGAGCAGUGUGUGAAAGUGGGAUUUUAUUCAACAUAUUUAUGUUGUUAUUUUCGUCGGUCAAGUUUCAAGGCUUGUUCCAUUCCGAUGUGAAUAUUUACGUCUAUAUUGAUAUUCUGUAGUUUUUUAUCAAGGAAAUAAUGAUAGAAUUUUACCACUAAUAAUAACUUUAUUUCAAUUCUUUGAUGGUUUUACAGCUGUGAAAUGAGAGUUAAUAUCAUUUGAACAUGAAUAAAGCUAAGUCAACCGAACUUAGUUUUGCACUCGG